AUGCCUUCCCAAGCAAGAGCAUUGUUCGAGCUCACCAGACUCCAUUGGUUCCCAGUAGGGUGCGACUUCAUGUUUUGGCCUUUCGGUUGGGCCUUCCUGUCAGCAGCCUACCGUCUGACGUUACCAGUGGACGAAGUUGUUAAAACAACUUUAUUUUUUGCAUUGCUGGGCGUACUGGUGCAUAGCGCAGGUUGUGUCCUAAAUGACAUACUUGACUGCGAUCUCGAUCGCAAAGUUGAACGCUCACAGGGCCGACCGAUUGCAUCAGGAGUCGUCACUAGAACAAAAGCUUCGAUCCUUCUGACUGUUCUCGUUGCUGCCCUUUUCUACUUGUUUUCCACUUGUGGCACCAAAGCUUUCACACUCGGUGUGAUUGCAUUCCCCAUUUGUAUCACGACGUAUCCGCUGAUGAAGCGUUGGAUGAACUGGCCUUCUUUGUUCCUCGGCAUGACUUUGCGUUUCAUAGAAAAGUAUCCCGUCUUAUAUUGUUUUAAGGCUUUUCUACUAGCUGGGCCGUCCCAGGAACCAAUUGCAUCGUGCUGCUGGAAUUGUAUCUACGACACCAUUUACGCAUGCCAGGACAAGAAGGACGACAAGAAGGCCGGAGUCAAGUCCAUGGCAGUCCAUCUGGGCAACGCCAUUCGUCCUGUAUUGACUCUAUUGGAUGCGACCUUCUUUGUAUGUCUUUUGUGGGCUGGUUACUUGAACGACCAGCGCCUUCCGUUCUACACGAUGAGUGUUUUUACCCCGUUCUUCCUAUGUCUCUGGCACAUAUGGUCUUUUGAUCAUGAUGAUCCCGGUGACUGUUGGAAGAAAUUUACGGCAGGUCGCCAGGGCGGGGCGAUGGUCUGCAUUGGAUUGAUCAUCGAUCACUAUUUCAAACUCUCGUCCCACGCCGGUUGA